GAGAAUAAACCUAGAGAGCAAAUCCUUGUGGAGCCUCUUUCGAUCAGGACCUGAAUCCGGUGAAAAUGGACGUGGAAGAAUCGAUAAGGAUCUCAACGCUUUCCUCAACUCCAAGUCCGCCGACGAUCUCAACGCCUUCUACUCUCAGGUCCUCUCCCCCGUCCUCACCAACGGCCGCCGUGUUGGCGGCUCGCGACUGUCGCUUUCAAACGGCAAAGGAAGUGGUUAAACAUGUGAAUUUGCAGGUUGAGAAAAAGACACGCGGUCUUAUCAAAGAUAUACUUUCUGUUGAUGGAGUGAGCAGCGACACUCGCCUCAUUUUAGCAAAUAUCUUGUAUUUCAAAGGACGUUGGGCUGAGAAAUUCGAUGCGUCUAAGACAAAGACUAGUGACUUCCACCUCGUCAAUGGGAGCUCCGUACGAGUCCCGUUCAUGAGCAGUAGGAAUGAGCAAUGUGUGGGAGUCUUUAAAGGUUUCAAAGUAUUGAGACUUCCUUAUAAACGAGGAGACGAUAAACGUUGUUUCUCCAUGUACAUCUUCUUGCCAGAUGCCAAGGAUGGGUUUCCAUCUUUGAUGCAUGAGGUCACUUGUGAUCCUGGGCUAUUGGAGCGUUGUCUACCCAUGCAUUCCGUUCCAGUGGGCGAGUUUCGCAUCCCAAAGUUCAAGUUAUCCUUCGGAAUCGAGGUCUCAGAGGUUCUGAAGGAGCUAGGGGUGGUGUCUCCUUUUCUUGGAGUUGAGGGCAUCACUGAGAUGGUGGAACAUGAAGCACUCUAUGUUUCAAAAAUAUUCCACAAGUCUUUUAUUGAGGUUAAUGAGGAUGGCACAGAAGCUGCGUGUGCCACCGAGGAUGAAGAGAUGAGCAUAGCCCUGUUCCCCGAUGAGGAUUUCGUAGCUGACCACCCCUUUCUCUAUUUCAUCCGGGAAGAUUCGAUAGGAGUCAUUCUCUUGAUUGGGACUCUGAUUAAUCCUCUUAUUGGUUAAUUAUUCACCAUUGGUCACAAACGGCAAAAUAUUCACAAAUACAAUAAUCACAAACUUACUAU